CCAAAGGCAUCCAAAAGAAUUCCGCACCGUCCAUAUGGAUGGCCGAGAAAGAUGGCCGCCCUGAUACCGAGGUAUACUCUACAAGCAGCAAGAAAGCAGACAACAUGCAUCGCGGCAGUUGCAGUGCAGACGAAUCACUACUCGUCGCAGCCGCGAAUCAUCAAAGAUCCCACGACCGCCUCCUUGAAAAGAGGCACAGGUGGCCGUAGCUCCUUCAAUGGCAUGGUAUGCACCCUGUUUGGCGCAACUGGAUUCGUCGGCCGUUACGUAUGCAAUCGCCUUGGCAAGAUCGGUACUCAGUUAAUAAUACCGUACAGAGGUGAUAUGUAUGACUGCAUGCCCCUGAAGCUCUGCGGAGAUUUGGGGCAAAUCUUGUUUCACCCAUUUCACCUGCGCGACACCGAAUCGAUAAAAAAGUGUAUCAAAUACUCCAACGUCGUGAUCAAUCUAAUUGGACGAGAUUGGGAGACUAAGAACUUCACUUACCACGAGGUGAACGUUGAGGGUGCCAGAAGACUCGCUAGGCUGUGCAAGGAGGCCAACAUUGAGCACUUCAUCCAUGUGUCUGCCUUGAACGUGGGCGACGAAUUGGAGUCACACUUAUUGGACGGUGGUUCGGAAUUCCUUCGCACGAAAUGGGAAGGCGAGUGUGCGGUGCGAGAGGAAUUUCCCGAGGCUACGAUUAUCCGGCCGUCGGAUAUAUGGGGUCAGGAGGACCGAUUUUUACGCUCAUUCUCUGGAAUAAUGAGACAUCAUUUCAAGACCGUACCGUUGUGGGAAAAGGGUGAAAAGACGGAGAAACAGCCGGUAGCUGUGUACGAUGUCGCCGGAGGUAUUACGGCUAUUGCGCGAGAUCCUAAAAACACAGCUGGCAAGACUUACCAAUUUGUCGGGCCGCAUCGUUACAAACUGUCCGAAUUACUUGACUGGUUCCAUCGGAUACGGAUACGCGACCCAGUCCAAUAUGGCUACAAGAGACUGGACUUGAAAUACGCUCCACUUUUCAAAGUUAAAGUUACCUUGAACGAAUUAAUCAGUCCGGCAUAUCCAAUAGGACAUUUACAGUGGGAACGUUUGGAAAGAGAAACUCUGUCCGAUAAGGUGUUAAACACAUUGCCAACUCUAGAGGAUCUCGGCAUUGCGUUAACGACGAUGGAAUCGCGAAUGCACUGGGAGUUGAAGCCGUACCGCAAAGACGUUCAAUAUAUGGAGAGUGUUGGCGAAUUCGAUCCUAUUCCGAAUCCACCGACUGUUUCAAUUCACUAAACGCUUUCUAACAAUGUGCUAGAUUAAUAUAAGUAUAGAAUGAAAUAUGUACUCUUACUGUUAAGUGAUACUUGCUGUAAAGAGUAUAUUGUUAAUUAAAUAUCGCGGUCUCAGAUACACAUUAAA